GAAAGUCACUCAUUCAUGAAGUCCCCACUUUGUGGAUUCUUUCCCUAUAAAUAGCACAGAGUGAAUCAUUGGCUUUCUCUUUUGGUCCCUGGAUGAAUGAAAACACUGGUUCUCUUCACAUGGCUGCUGCUGCUCUUGGCUCACUGAAGGGUGACACCAGGUUCUAGGCCCACCCUCCUUCAUGCCCUCCUCUCCCUCCUCGACUCCUCUUGGGUUGGUGGGUUAAAUCCGUGAGCUCCUAGUGGGCGUGAGCAUGCGAGUGUGUGUGUGUUGGGCGCAUGCGGACUGAGGCCCGAAGGGGAAAGCCUUCCACGCAGAUCUAAGCCAGCUGCCCUGCUUUUAAUACUUCAUUUGCAAGAAGAGUAGCAAACAGGGGGAAGCCGCAUGCAUCCCCUCCACCAGUGUGCUCCCAGUACACUGGCUGGCAGCUGCCUUUCCUACCAACAGCAGACGAGCAGCUACAAACAGUAGAUUUGGACCUUUCAGACUUUGGAGGCUCUUCCAGGAGACCCUCGGCUUCACAUUCCCAGGACUCAAAGGGCCCUUGCUGCCCUGAGUGUGGGGGUGUUCGAGCCAUCUGACCUGUGGGGUUAAGUAGAAUCAGUAGGAGUGAGGCUCUGCGGAGGAGGGGAGGAGGGCAGGGGCAGCGGUCGGUGGGAGGUGGGAGGCCUCGGCGGGGCUCCUGCACUGCUCAAGAAGAAGAGUAGGCAGUCGCCGGGAAGCGAGGGAACAGAGGAGGAGAUGGCCACGGGAGAAAUCACUACCCUUCCCUCCACACCUGAUGACGGCAGCAGCGGCGGCUUCCCCGCCGGGAGCUACAAGGACCCCAAGAGGCUCUACUGUAAAAACGGGGGGUUCUUCUUAAGGAUAAGAUCUGACGGGGGAGUGGAUGGAAUCCGGGAGAAGAGCGACCCCCACAUCAAACUGAAGCUCCAGGCGACCUCGGUGGGGGAGGUCCUCAUCAAAGGAGUCUGUGCUAACCGCUACCUGGCGAUGAACCGAGACGGACGACUGUUCGGAGCGAGACGAGCGACGGACGAAUGCUAUUUCCUGGAGCGGCUCGAGAGCAACAACUACAACACCUACCGCUCCAGGAAGUACCCCAACAUGUACGUGGCGCUGAAGCGAACCGGCCAGUACAAGACCGGGAACAAAACCGGACCGGGUCAGAAGGCCAUUCUCUUCCUCCCCAUGUCGGCCAAGUGCUGAACCGGGGGGGGCAAUCGAGGAGGUUCUUAACGGCGACGACAAAGAAGAAGAAGAUGUGACGGCAAUGGAGACAGAGUGUUGCCCCCCCCCCCCCCCCCCCCCCACCAAAACAGCUGUGAUCUUUUCCAACUGUUACGUCCUAACAGUUAUUUAUGUUUAUUUUUUUUAUCUUGUCUGCUCUUCUUCAGCAUUUCUUUGAAAUUGUGGCACAGGUCCAGACUGUAAAUGUGCAACCAAUCAACGACUUCACUGGUGCAACUGCAGCCUGCAGGUGCCUUGCUCAAGUGCACCUCAGCACUAUUUGUUCAUUUACUCCAUGCAGAUCCUCCCUCUCAGAUAACCAGUCUGCGUCUUGGUCUUCAGUUAAUGAGCGUGUGAGUCUUGGGUUUGAAAGCAGGACGCAGGUCUCCCACGUGAUC